UCGAACAAUACGGAACGAUUCUGUUCGGCGUGCAGGCGCCUGUUGAAGUCAAGACUCCUGUCCGACAAUCGUCACAUUAUUCGACGGACGGAACGGUGUUAAUUAUUCGUUAACACGUUCGGCAAUUGUUACCGGGAGUCUCGCUCGUGCGAUACAACGCGCCAACGGUGCGCGAGAUUAAUUUCAAAGAUUGUCGCUUUUAACGUGUGUUUACCUCCGUCCAUGUGUGUUUACACUUUUUACAACGUAUCGUGCGAGUGUUACCUGGCAAGGUAACACGAAAGGUGACGCCGCACCGGUGGAAUCGGGCAUUUUGUGUCCGUGAGGCAGAGCGAUCAGACGAAAAGUUUAUUUCGAUCAUGGAGAGUCGUAUAAGUUGCGUAGUAUGUUGCAUCGGUGUGUCGUUCGCGGCGAAGAUAAUUGGGGCGUAUACGAUGUCCACUUCGGUUCUACUAAUAAACGUGUUGGUGAGCAAUUUCUUCUCAAGAGACGAGGAUGAUGAUUUUUUUGAAUCCGUCAAGACUUGGGCCAUGCUAGGAGUGAAUUGGAUGCAAGCAAUGAGAUAUACGCAAUUGCAGAAAAAAGCACAAGCCGCUUUGAUAUGUUUCCUCAUAUACGCCGUCUCGUUUCUGUUGGCCAGUGCAUACCUCGCUUUGGGAUCGAUAUCGAGGAGACAUAUGAGCGCCGUGCCUUGGAUGUAUUUGCAAACGAUUAGCGUAAUAGAUCAGACCGUGGCGCUGUGUGGCCAUAUAAUACACGACCGGCAGACUACUUUUUAUUUGUGGUACAUUACGAUAUGCAGCAUCUAUCUGAUUUUGAGCGUGUAUUUCUGGAAGGUCGUGGAAGCAGCUCGAAACCAAUGGUAUGACGAGCAGAACCGAAUUGCGAGUAUCGAAUCGAGCGUGUUGGAAUUUGUAUCGACACCUAGUAGCGGUUCGAAGUCACCGUCCUUCCUCUCACAAAAUUUUUCGAUGUUCGAAUCACCGCGACCGCCAACGAUCCUACCUAAAUAGCAGAAAUUCCAUGAAGAAUCAUGGAUAAUGCUGAAACAAUCCUGAUAGACUUGCCGCUUAAGGCGAACUGUUGCUAUAUAGAACGUGCAGGAUUGAGGGGGAUAUUUACAGAACAAUGUGAGAGGAAGACUGAGAGGUUUCUUUCUUCAUACUUCGUGGACGUUAUUUGCCAUCAUAACUUAAGACUUAACUUACGCGUUAUAGUGUUAUAUAUAAAUAAAUAUCUACUUAUAAACAUCUUUCACACGUUUAAAAACUGAGCGAUGAAAAUUUUUCUAUUUUAUAAGAUUACGUUAUUUAAUUAAUAUAAUUUUUACACAUUUAAUUUGGCAAUUUAUUAUUGCAUAACAUAUUUGAUCUUAUUAGUAUAGUACGAAGUUUGUUGUAACGCGCGCGCACGAAAAAUUGAUAAAACAAAAUUUUAGUAACGACCCAUUAAAUAAAAUUAAAUUUAAGUUUAAUUAAAUGUCCGAAACAAUAUAAAUUUCAAAUAAGACGUGCAGAAAUUUCUGUUCCAAAAAUAUUUGAUUAUCCAGCCGAGAUUACUGAUCUCAAUACAUUUAUUCGUGAGCUAUAUGGCAUUUCAAAGAAUUUAGAUGUUAAGUCGGCGGAAUAUCCAUUGAUCUUCCUUGCCUAAUGGAAUAUACGCGAGCCACUAAACUUCGCUACGGUAAAUCCCGGUUUCGAAACGGGGAAAAUGUAUAAUAAUGCGGAGAGUAACUUCAUAAAUCAGUCGGGAGAUGCGACUAAUAGAGUGUAUCAAAUGCGCCCCCGGCGGAGCGUGCUUGCAUAGAAAAUAUGAGAAAUGGCCGCGUUUUACGUCGAAAUACUUUUAAACUUCCUGGAUUCGAAUCGCACGCAAGCAUAUUCGCUAUACGGGAUCGACCGUCUCUUCGGAUAGAGGUCGAUUUGUCCGAGAAUGGCCACAACUUUUCGCAAUACUCUUGAGAAUGGUAAUCAAGUGUACAAUACAUGAUAGAGAAAAGCUCUUGAUACAAUUUAUUGGGGAUGUUUUGUCGUAUCGAUUUCGUAUAACAUAUCUAUGUUUGCAAGGAGUAUACUCUAAUGAUAGCACAUAUAACAUCUAUAUGUUAUUAUACAUACAAAUUAUUAUAUAUGAGAAAGGCAAUCUUUUAUUUUAUUCAAUAUUUUGUUAUUUUAAAAGUAAAUGUAACAUGAUUUAAAAUUUCGUUUGAUAAGUUGCUCUUUUUAUUUCCAUCUCUAGAA